UCCAAUAUCAUACUAAUGAAUGAACAAUCACCUAAACUCAUUGUCUCAUCAUGGAACCCAACAACCUCUAUAAUUCAAUUUCAAGAACAUCUCUCUAUCAAUCUAAACCCAACCCAAGUUGUCCUCGUGCAAAAUUCUACAAAAAUUCCUAAAUAAAAACUGCUAAAGAAAAGUCUUACUGAAAGAUCCCAAACUUAUAAAAUAAAAACAAAUCACGUAAAAAAUCUCAUGUUAUGUCAAAAUGCAUAUGCCUCAAUGACUCAAUCAUUCAAUAUUGUGUCUAAAAUCUCAUGUUUGAAGAUAUGAUCAAAUUAACUAAGGGAUAAUUUCGGUGACACUCCAUUAUUCAUCCAAAAAUAUACAAGUAACACAAAUCGGACACGUCAGCUCAAACAUUUUUAUACCACGAAUCUGAAUCAGCUCUCUCCUCUCAUUCAAUUCAUUCAUUCACAUCUGAAUCAGCUCUCUUUUCUCCUCUCAUCAAAUCAACAGUCAAUCCAUCUACCACUUCUCUCUUUCUCGUUUCCAUCAAUCAAUCAAUAUGAGUUGGUGGUGGGCAGGUGCAAUCGGUGCUGCUAAGAAAAAAUUAGAAGAAGAUGAACCACCAACGAAAUACGCAAGCGUUGGAUUAAUAAUUGGAGUUACAGGAAUUGUUGGAAACAGUUUAGCUGAGAUUCUACCAUUAUCAGACACACCAGGUGGUCCGUGGAAGGUGUACGGUGUUGCAAGAAGACCUCGACCAACAUGGAAUUCAGAUCAUCCAAUUGAAUAUAUUCAAUGUGAUGUAUCAAAUCCAGAGGAAACACUAGAUAAGUUUUCAUCUCUUACUGAUGUUACUCAUAUCUUUUAUGUUACUUGGGCAUCUAAAAAGACUGAAGCUGAAAAUAUUGUAGCUAAUAGUGCCAUGUUUCGUAAUGUUUUAAGAGCUGUUAUACCAAAUUGUCCGAAUUUGCAACAUAUAUGUCUUCAGACUGGAAGGAAACAUUAUUUAGGUUCAUUUGAGAGUUUUGGCAAGGAAGAGAUUCAGCGGCAUGAUCCACCUUUUCAUGAGGAUUUGCCUAGAUUGAAAAGCCCUAAUUUCUAUUAUGAUUUGGAGGAUAUUUUGUUUGAGGAAGUUGAGAAAAAAGAAGGAUUGACUUGGUCGAUUCAUCGUCCUGGGGUAAUUUUUGGAUUUUCUCCGUAUAGUUUGAUGAAUAUGAUUGGGUCUCUUUGUGUGUAUGCAACAAUUUGUAAACAUGAAGGGAAGCCGUUGAGGUUUCCGGGGAGUAAGGCUGUUUGGGAAGGGUAUUCUGAUGCUUCAGAUGCUGAUUUGAUUGCUGAGCAUCAGAUAUGGGCAUCAGUUGAUCAGUAUGCGAAGAACGAUGCGUUCAAUUGUGUUAAUGGCGAUGUUUUCAAAUGGAAGCAUAUGUGGAAGGUUUUGGGUGAGCAGUUUGAGGUGGAAUGUGCUGAAUUUGAAGAAGGGUUGAAGUUGGAGGAACUUAUGAAAGGCAAAGGUGCUGUCUGGGAUGAAAUUGUGAAGAAGCAUGAUCUAUCCCCAACUAAAUUAGAGGAAGUUGCAACCUUUUGGCUUGUUGAUGCUAUAUUUGGAGCUAAGGAAACAGCUUUGGAUAGCAUGAAUAAGAGUAAGGAACAUGGGUUCUUUGGCUUCAGGAAUUCGAAUUAUGCGUUUGUUUCUUGGAUUGACAAGAUGAAAGCUGCAAAAAUUGUGCCAUGAAAAUUUGAUGCAGGAAAGAAUAUCUUGUUUCAGAGUUGAGUUUGAUUCAGUUUGGAGGGGUCUUUUGUUCGUUCAGAUGUUGCUUGUGUUUGUGAUGGGAUUAUUUCCCCUUGUUUCUUAUCAGUGCAGAACAUGUAUUCUUAUCAGUGCAGAACAUGUAUGUAUGAUAAAUUGUAAGUUUUUCUGUUAUAUUGUUUUUCAGACUUCCAUGAAGUGAGAAAACCAAGGAAUAAAGAGACUUUUUGAGUUUUGUUGAUCAAUAGUAACAAUGAAUUGCAUUUAGG